CAGACUUCACUGUUGACACUGUGAGUGUCCCGGGCUGGGGCAAGCGACAAUAGCACAGCUAGCUCACUUCAAUUGCAUCUUGUCUGGGAAGGAUCAGUGACAGCAAACAGGCCGCUGAGAUUGUCGGUGGUGCGCCGCAGCAAUGCGCCGAUAGAGUGUAUUGAUUGUUAGGAAUGGGGUCUUUGGCCGUGGGAGCGCGGGCACCUCUGAGUCAGAUCACAUUAUCCCGGCACAAUUGUGCACGAAGUGCCGCUGAGAAGAGGCUCAAAAGUGUUCACCUCAUCAGGACUGCUGGAGACAAAAGCUGUCGGAUCAAUAGCCAGGGAUUGUGUGGCCCCUGGUCACCUUCUGCUCUGUUGCAUGCAGCACAAUGCCACCACUCCUUGCGCAGACCAGCAGGCGUCAGCGCACCUCAAGCCAGUGCCAAUGCUGACGGAAACUCCUCUCAGCCUAGUCCUUCACAUGGGCCCAUUGGGGGAAUUCCCAGCAUUAGGUGCCUACAUCUAGUUGCUUCUAACAGCGCCAGACAGACACCAGACAGAUGUCGGUCAGAGCUGGAAGGUGCGCCUCAAGCUCCUCCGUAUCCCCAUAUUAUGGCCUUACUGUUCGGCCUUGCUGGCCUUCUCUUUGCAGUAACGCUGAGCCAAAAAUUCCCUAAGAGGAGAGGAUUGUCUCUGCAUACCACCAGUGCGCAGACCGCUACGAUAGUCAAAAAGUCUCAAAGAGACAAGCAGGAGGAAAUAAGUGAAGCGGUUGAUCGAUUAGCCAGUGGGACAAACCGUGUUCUGGCAGAUAUGCCAAGCUUUUGCGGGACUGAGCCGGCGGCACAAACGCAGAGUAGUCUGCUUCGUCGCCGCCAAUUUAGACCCGAUUCCAAGCGACAACAGAAUGAGCCUUUGGCAUUAGUGUCAACAAGUGUAGCUGCCAGUACUUCAGAACCUGUCACGCUUCAGAUCAACGAAAAGGACCUGGCAGAUUGGAUGCGGGGCUUGAAGGAGGAAGCCAGGCAGCGGGGCGUAAGCGAUAAGGUCAUCAAAAGGGCUCUGAAGGGGGUAAGGCCAGUGCCACAGGUGAUUGAGAAGGACAGGAACCAGCCAGAGUUCAAGCUAACCUUUGAGGACUACAUGAAGAGAAUGGUCACAGACCACCGCAUAAAACUAGGCGUGGACAUGAUGCAGAAGCACGAGGUGCUCCUGCGACAAGUCUCUGAAAAGUAUGGCGUGCCUGAGGCAAUCAUCGUUGCGAUCUGGGGCAUGGAGAGCAGCUAUGGCAACUUCAUGGGCACAUGGGAUAUUGUGGCGGCCCUCGUCACUCUGGCUUACGACAAACAGCAGCCAUCUCGUGCCAAGUACUUCCGAGAGGAGUUGAUCAACAGCCUUUUCAUCCUCCAAGACGGUCAUGCCUCGUAUGACACUUUGCGCGGCUCGUGGGCUGGCGCGAUGGGCCAGUGUCAAUUCAUGCCAUCCAGCUUCCGGAACUUUGCGGUCGACUUCGACGGGGACGGAAAAGCUGAUAUUUGGACGUCGCCUGCGGACGUUGCGGCGUCAAUCGCCAAUUACCUAGCAAAGCACGGGUGGAAGACGGGGGAGCCGUACUUCGAGGAGGUCGUCACCCCGAAGGCAGUGAAGCCGGACCUGUUGGGGUUGAAAGUACAAAAGCCUGCCGGCGAAUGGAGAGACACGUACGGCGUGCUGUCCCAGUCUGAGCCGGCCACUUUGCCGCCAGAUUGCCUUGCAAGUCUGGUAACAACGGAUGGUUCCUUUGGGCCCUCUUAUUUGGCGACUCAAAAUGUCUCGGUGGUACUUCGAUAUAAUAAGUCGUUGUUUUAUGCUUUGGCUGUGGGGCACAUUGCGAAGUCGAUACAAACAGCGUCACGUACAUGAUUCGAAGAGUUGCUAGCAGCCCCCUUGUUUGCUUUCACGUGAGAUACAAUUGGCACGAUACAAUUGGCACGCUACUAGUAGCUAGGUUUGUAUAGGUCAAAGUAAUGUAUCGUACAUGAUGCUUGAAUCGUCCGGGCCAAAGAUUUUAGGGCAUGACAUUCGACGUGACAUGACAUGCACAAAAUAGACCCCAGUUUUUAUUUUGAGAUUUUCAGCAACUAUAUUGAACCUUUGACCAGCUGCACUAAAGCCAUGCUUGCCCAUGC